AUGUCUAGGUUGAAUGGAGCAGAAAAAAAGUAUGGUGCAGGACGUGUUGUGGCUGUGGCAAUUGAGAAUAAUAAAACAAGCCAACAUGCAGUUAAAUGGGCUGUUGAAAAUCUUCUUCCCAAAGAUCAAUGCCUCUUUUUAAUCCAUGUUAAACAAAAAUCUAAUUCUUCCACUUCCACACCAUCCAACGACGAAGAUGUCAUGGAUAGUGAAUCCAGAGAUCUUUUUGAUUCAUUUCGUGUCUUCUGCAAUAGAAAAAAUAUACAAUGCAAUGAAUUGUUGUUGGAAGAUACAGAUAUACCAAAGGCAUUAACAGAAUGUAUUUCCACUCAUUCUAUUGAGCUUCUUGUACUUGGGGCAUGUUCAAAAGGCGGUAUUGUUAGGUUCAGGACAACAGAUGUUCCAACCUCAGUUUCAAAAGGAGCACCACCAUUUUGCACUAUAUAUAUUAUAUCUAAAGGCAAAAUAUCAAGUGUUAAAUCUGCAACAGCUCCAAUUCCAAAACCAGCGGUCGUGGCGACGCCACAAACUAUACCGCAGCGUGGCAACCAAUUUCAACAGCCACAUGCAAUGCCAACGAGAAGUCCCGAACGAUCAGAUCCUCAAAUGUUGCGUAACUACCCACCACGACCUUCAGCAGAGAGGCAUGCAGCAUAUGGGAUGAGGCAGGGGCUGGAUGAUGACCAAGAAAUGAUAUCACCAUUCAACCGGAGAGGAAACAAAGCUUACGAGUCAUCGAUUAAUGAAUCAGAUAUAUCAUUUGUGAGCAGUGGAAGACCGAGUAUUGAUCGAAUAUUUCCUUCAUUGUAUAACAAUGAUGAUCUAGACUCCAAUAGUAGUAUUAGUAAUGGACAUCCUACUGGUAGGCUUUCAUCCGAAUACGAUGCAAGAAACAGCUUCGCUUCAUCCUAUUCUGGUGGAGGACCAAGGUCGAUUGACUUGUCGUCUCCUUUGGAUAACUAUUCAUUCAGCUCCCAAGGCUCUAAUGGUCCUUCUUCAAUAAGGUUAUCUGAUGCCACCGAUGAAGUCGAAUCAGAGAUGAGGAGGCUCAAGCUUGAACUAAAACAGACUAUGGAAAUGUAUAGUUCAGCUUGCAAGGAAGCACUCACAGCCAAGCAGAAGGCAAUAGAGCUUCAACGUUGGAGAUCCGAAGAAGAAAAGAAGUUGGAAGAGGCAAGAGAAGGGGAAGGAGCAGCUAUGGCUAUGGUAGAGAUGGAGCAAGAAAAAUGUAAAGCUGCACUAAAAGCAGCUGAAGCAUCUCAGAAGAUCGCAACGUUGGAAGCACAAAAACGAAUGUAUGUAGAGAAGAAAAGCGAAAUGGAAGCAAGUCAGAGGAAAAAGACGGAAGAUUCUUAUACCACUGCUAGAUACAGACGAUACAGUAUUGAGGAAAUUGAAGAGGCAACAAACCGGUUUUCCGAUAGUCUUAAAAUUGGUGAAGGAGGGUAUGGUCCUGUUUUCAAAUGUGAACUUGAUCAUACACCGGUUGCUAUCAAAGUGUUGAAAUCAGAUGCAGCUCAAGGAAGGCAACAAUUUAACCAGGAAGUUGAAGUGUUGAGUUGUAUAAGACAUCCAAACAUGGUCCUUCUGUUGGGAGCAUGUCCGGAAUUUGGUUGCAUAGUGUACGAGUACAUGGCUAAUGGAAGUUUGGAUGAUUGUUUGUUUAGGAGAGGUAAACAACCACCUCUUCCUUGGCAGUUGAGAUUCCAAAUUGCUGCUGAAAUAGCCACUGGGCUUCUUUUCCUUCACCAGACUAAACCAGAACCGAUUGUGCAUCGUGACUUAAAACCUGGAAACAUUUUGCUUGACCGAAACUAUGUGAGCAAGAUUGGUGAUGUUGGUUUAGCAAGGCUUGUUCCUCCUUCUGUUCAAGACACUGUCACUCAGUAUCGCAUGACUUCGACUGCUGGAACUUUCUGUUAUAUUGACCCUGAAUACCAGCAAACCGGCAUGCUUGGUAUCAAAUCUGAUAUUUACUCACUUGGAAUCAUGCUUUUACAAGUGAUUACCGCCAAACCUCCAAUGGGUUUGACUCAUCAUGUUGGUAGAUCUAUUGAAAAGGGAACUUUUCUUGACAUGCUUGAUCCUGCUGUUCAAGACUGGCCUAUGGAACACACCUUGCAUUUCGCCAAACUUUGCCUUCAGUGUGCUGAAAUGAGGAGAAAAGAUAGACCUGAUCUUGGAAAAAUUGUGCUUCCUGAGCUCAACAAACUCAGAAUAUUCGCCGAAGAAAACAUGCCUAUGAUGAUGUUUAGAGGUGGUGCAGCAGCAUUCAAUCCUAGAAGUAACAACAAUUAUUUCAUCAACUCCUCAACUUCUUCAACAAAUCAAGACAUUAUGAGUCAAUCUAGUUCUUUGUCUGGUAGCUCCGGAUAUGAAAGCCGUUCAAGCACGUCAUCACCACUGGGAAGACUGUAAUGGAUGCAUGAUUGAUGCAUCGUUGGGAAAAUUAAGUAUCCAGCCAAAAUUUGUAACCCCCUUGACUUGAAUGUAUAUUU